AUGAAGGCAAAUUCCGAAAGUCAGCUUUUGCUUGGAUCAAAGGAAUGGGUUGAGUGGUUCAAAUUGAACAUGCCUCGCUAUCCACGUUUGAAGACCAACAUUUAUAAUUUUGAAGAGGAGAAAGAACUCAUUGCAAUGCUAGAAAAAAACCCGACGCUUAUAUCGCAUAAAGUUUUUGUUGUCUAUUUGUCAUUAGGUAGUCAUGAGAAAUUGGAAUUUGGCAAACAACUUGAAAAGUUUAGAGAAAUUUUAGGAUCUGAUUGCCUGCUCAAAGUUAUUGAUGCGUGCGCUCAGGUUCCGUCUUACAUCAAUGUAAAAGAUUUCUUGGCCGGAUUCAAAAAUCAAUAUAAUGAACGUAAAAUGAUUUACAAUCUGCAUGAAUUCCAGACUGCUGCUUAUGAAGGAUUUGCGUCCCAUAUACCGCUUCCAGAGUUUAUGAAAAUGAUUGCCGACAUGGCUGAACCGUGCGAGCAGCAAAGCCCAAUGAAAAGUCAAAUGGUGUCAUACUUAGGAGUUUAUAAUGCUUACACCUUCACGACAUUUUGCGCGCCGACAGAGGAAAACACAAUUGUCACCGUACUUUCGGGACGACUUGUCAUUUAUCUGUUCGAAAUGACGGAGGCUAAUCAGAAGAAAUACGAGGAGAAUCUGCAUAUAUUUGCUUCAAAGCAAUGUGUCUUUAGAUUAUUUGGAUCCGACAUGAAACGAAUUCAAAUGUGUCAAGGCGCAUCGGCCCUGCUCCCACCCAACUUUGUGUAUGGAUUUUGGCAUCCGUUUGAUUCAAUCAUUCAUACCACCAAAGUCGUAAUCCAAGAAAAAUAUGUUCACCAUAUUGAAUCCGAGGUUGUGCAUGAGAAGAAGCUGCCGUCUCCAGAAAAUUCCGAAUUGAAUAAUGUGUAUGUGAAUGAGUAUAACGCGCAGUCCUCAAAAAAUGGCGAUUUGAAUGAGAGCAAUAUUGGGCAAAACGACGAGCCGAUUGACAUGGAUAUUAAUGAAUCUGAAGAAAUAAGCGAUGAAGAAGCAAUGCAGUGUUCUGAAGUUGAUGAAUCGGUUGAAAUGGAUGAUGACAUUUCAACGAGAGAGCCAGAAGCUAUGGAAACACGACGGAGGGCGGCCAAAAAUACGCGAAUCGUUCGUGUUCGAUCGCAAAGGGAAUUUUUCGACAACAGUGAGCGCAGAAUGAAAAAGCCAAAAAGUACUGCAACUCGGGGUAGACGAGCUGUUGCCAGGCGUAGUAAUGGUAACACACGCAAGAUGGUCCCCGAAAUAACUAAAGAAAUCCAAUGA